CCGGCGCGAUGGCACCUCGCGAGGCAUCGUCACAUUCUACGGAGGAUAUAGGAUAAUAAUCAUAAUACGUACAUAGAACUCGCAACUCCCUCUUCUUCUUUCCUUUGCCCAUCCUCCUGGUCAUGAUGGUGUAAGUAGCCGUCGGGUCUUGUCGCUCGUUCCUCUAGAGUACUCACUCUACCGCAGUCGAAUCUUUAGACUGGUGGUCACUCGCUUCAUUCUUUUUCAUGUCGUUCACUACUACUAGUACCCCGGGCAAAGCAUUUUGAGGUUGAUUUUGGGUUUCCGUUGUUUGCCAUACCACUGCUCAACACUAAACAAACAUGCAUAUCGCUUCCCUGGCGGUCGGAGCACUGCUCCUAGGCGCAUCUCAUGCGGCUGUGACCAUCGUGGUCACGGCGACCACCACCAUCUGCCCGGUUCCCAGGCCGACGCGCACAUGUGAUGCGUCUUCUGUGGACUUUGCAUCCACAGACGGCACCACAACACGGGGUUUGUCGACAUCUUCCACCAGUGCUGAGGGUACGACACAAGGCCUGUCGACAUCUUCAUCUUCCUCCACCAGCGUCCAACAAGUCUCGAUUUCCCCUACCAGCACCGAACAAGUCUCUAUUUCUUCCACUACGCAAACGAGCUGGUCCAGCAGCGUGGUCCCACCACCUUCGCAGACUACCCUCCUCACCCGAACGAAGGAAUCCUCCGUGGUCAGCACUUCUACCACUGGCAAGGCCAGCUCGGCGUCCUCGAGCAGCAAGCCCAGUUCGGCAUCCUCGAGCAGCACCGCCGCGGCAGAGCCGACCAGUAUUCCGCGCGCUUAUCCCGCCGACGUUGUCGACAAGCUCCGUGACUCGACCGUGGACAAGCUCAAGACGUAUCUCGAGGGCCAGCCUUCUGAUACAGGGUGCACCCUGGAGAACGCAUCUGUCCGCCGUGAGUGGUCCGACCUCUCCGUCGCCGAGCGGGAGCAGUACAUUGCCGCGGUCAAGUGCCUGCAGUCGGCAAGCCCCAAGUCGCCGGAGCAGCUUGUUCCGGGUGCGCGCAGCCGCUUCGACGACUUUGUGGCCACGCACAUCAACCAGACCAACUCGAUCCACAACACGGCCAAUUUCCUCUCUUGGCACAGGUACUACGUGUGGACCUACGAGAAGGCUCUCCGCGAAGAGUGCGGCUACAGCGGCUUCCAGCCGUACUGGAACUGGGACCGCUACGCUGCCGACCCUGCCAAUUCGCCGCUCUUCAACGGCAACGCGUCCAGCAUGAGCGGCAACUCGAAGAAUGGCGCAUGUGUCUCGUCGGGGCCCUUUGCAAACUUCCAAGUCAACCUGGGCCCCGGGCUCUCCCUGAAAUACAACCCGCGCUGUCUGAAGCGCGACAUCAGCAAGAGCCAGGCUGCGCAGACCACGGCCGACAAGACGUAUGCGCUCAUCACCCGCAGCCGCGACAUCGCCAGCUUCCAAGACACCAUGCAGGGGGUUCCAGGUGUGCAUGCCGGCGGCCACUUCACCAUCGGCGGCGAUCCGGGCAGCGAUAUCUUCGCCUCUCCCGGCGACCCGGUCUUCUACCUGCACCACGCCAUGAUCGACCGCGUCUGGUGGAUCUGGCAGAUGCAGGAUCCAUCCAGUCGGCUGACGCAGGUUGCCGGCUCCGUCGCCGGUUCCCGCCGGCAAGGCAAGGGCACCGACCUUGUCGACCUGGGUAUCAACGCGCCGGCCGUGGCCAUCAACGACUUGCUCGACACCAUGGGAGGCUUGGACGGACAGAUGUGCUACAUCUACCUCUAGAAGUUUCCAUGGUUGUGGCUCUUUUUCGCUAGAUAAGCCGUGACACCGCGGCGGGGCUUUCCAGGUUCCUCUCACGCCCCGGCCUUGGGGUUCAGAAGCUUGGUUUAUUGUGUCAGACGAAAAGUACAUUGCGCACGCUACGUAUUUGCGUAUAUCGUAUUGAUAAUGUUCACGUUGGUAAUGUUUUAGUAGCUUAAUCUACAUUAAUGCCUGGGUCUACAACCCCGAGAUUUGUGUUUUGCCCCCUUUCUGAUGAGAGUGCUGAUGGAAGGAGCUACCCUAUGAGGCAUGGGACGAUAAAACAGUGUAGGUAGGGCAGAGUCAAAAACCAUCCCCGGCACAACGUCCCUUUCAUCACUCAGUCAGCCAGAGAGC